AUGAGUCCAUCGCCGUCAAAACCCAAGAGAAAGCAGCAGCAGCCGCCGCCGGAAACGACGCCCCACCGUUUCCUCGGAGUCCGACGGCGGCCAUGGGGCCGAUACGCCGCCGAGAUCAGGGACCCUUCCACCAAAGAGCGUCACUGGCUCGGAACCUUCGACACCGCCGAGGAGGCCGCAGUCGCUUACGACUGCGCCGCCCGCUCCCUCCGCGGCUCCCUCGCUCGUACCAAUUUCCUCUACUCCGAUUCUCUCCCCCCUCCGCCGCCACCUCCCUCCGCCGCCCUCCCUCCCAAUCAAGCUCCUCUGCUUCUGCCUACUCCACCGCCUCAUUUCCACCAAAUCCCCCCUUCCAGAGACUCGCCGCCAAGCCUCUUCUCCGUCGACGGAGACGGCGGCGCUGAACUCCCGCCGUUUCCUCCCGCGAUUUCGUCGGAAUCCGAGAAUUACAAUUACAAUUACAAUUAUAAUCAGGGUUUAAUGGAAUUGCAGAACUCUGGAUUUGAAUAUUUCGAUCAGUCUCCGACUGACAUCGGAUCGUGUUUCGGAUUUGAUUCGAGCAGCGAGUACGUGCAUGGCCCGAUCUUCGGCUCAAUGCCGGCUGUUUCCGACGCCGGCGCCGGCGAGUUUCUGUCUCCGGCGGCUAAUUUCUAUUUCCCUCAGUCUUGA